GGAUAAAAAAUAGAGACGUACCACAUCUCACUUCUGCAUUCAUCAGCAUAGUUGGACUAUACAAAGGCUAUAAUUCGAAAUUACACUUCUAUUAUUUAUUUUUUUUAUAAUUGUAAUAUCUUUAAGAGCUAAUUGACCGCAUAUAUCUCUAAUCAUUUACAUACCGCCAAUUUAUGAAAGAUGAGUAUAGCAGAAGACUGGGUCGAUCCUGCAUCUUCUGAGAAUACGGAGCUACAAAACGAUUUUUAUUAUAAAAAAAACGAGCUGAAUAAUGAACGAAGAAGCCUAUUUUCUAUUGAGAAAGUCCAGUUGCAAUUUCCUGUUUCAAUACGUUGUUUAGCUGUUGAAAAUAACAUCUUGGUCAUGGCACUCACAAGUGAUAAACUAAUGAUUGUAGAUUUAGAAAGACCUGAAGAAAUUGUGGACAUAGAACUUCCUAAGAAAGCUUUAGCGCUCGGACUGACAUACAAGAUUUUCUUAGAUCCUUCAGGGCGCUAUAUAUUUGUCUCUACAACGGCUGGCGAUAAUUGUCUAUUUACCCCUUCUCGGCAAAGUCGAGUUUUGACGAAGCUAAAAGGACACACAGUAGAAUCCGUAGUGUGGAAAAUUGGGGAAAAUAAUGUUUUGGAACUACUGCUUGCUUCCAGAUCUGGGGUUAUAAUCGAGAUUGUUUUAAUGUUGGAUACAGCUCAUGUGAAACGACUUGAGAAGUCUAUGAAUACCGUUUAUUCUUUCUCAGAGUCAGAGGUUCCUUUGGAUAUGUUGUUAUCAAGUCAAGAAGACUCUUUAAAGGAAAACCUUGUAGUUGCUACUAAUCAAAGAAUUUUGAAGUUUACGAAGGGUAAUAAUCCUAGCUCAGAUCAGCACUACUUUACUCCUUUCCUUCAGGGAGAGAUCAAUGAACUUUAUCAUAUAUCUGACGAUGAAUCUGUUCAAUGCGUCUCGCAUUCUCCGUAUCCCCAAACCUCUGCUGAACCAUAUACCAUUGCUAUAAAAACGAACAAGAGAAUUGUCUAUCACGAUCUAAUGAAUGAAACUAUGAGCAUGAUUCAAGAGUAUCAAUUUAUUGAGUCACCACGUCUCUCCGUAUCGACUGUAGAGAUGAACUUGCUGCUUACCCCUUUUCAUAUAGUAGUUUUCGAUUUGGAUACUAUAUUCUUUAUUAACAGAAUUAACCAAAAGGAAGUAUACCAACAAAAAGUUCCCCUUUCCCCUCAUGAAGAAAUAUUAGGGCUGUCUUGCGAUCAUGUAAAAGACACAUAUUGGCUGUAUACCACGGAGAGUCUUCAUGAGUUAGUGGUCAACAAUGAAUUGGGCGAUGUUGCUUUAGUAUUUUUACAGAAACAAGAGUACAUAAAGGCUUUGGAGUGUGCUAAUACACCAAAUGUUCGAAAUUCUGUUUUGGAUGGUUACGCCGAUCACCUAAUGAAAAUAGGAGACUAUGAAAAGGCUGCUACUUUUUUUGCUGAAACUCUCAAAUCGGUGGAAGAGGUUGCUUUGAGUUUCAUAGAAAUUGGACAGAAAGAUGUCCUGAGACAGUAUUUAUGGAAAAAGGUAGAGUCUUAUAAAGCUUCCAUGAAAUUCCAAAGAGAGGUUUUAGUAAAUUGGCUUUUAGAAUCAUUGUUAGGAAGACUAAAUGAUUUGGAUGAAGAAGAGAGACUUGAGUUAUUUCCAGAUGCUAUAGUUGAAAAAAGACAGCAAGUUUUAUUCGAGUUUUCAAGGCUUUUAGCACAAUAUAAAGAUGACAUCAAUAAGGAACUUGCGUACAACCUUGCAAAUAAUUAUGGCAAAGAAGAACAGCUAUUGCAAAUCGCAACAGUGAUGAAAGAUCAGUCUUACAUUAUGCAUUACUGGGUACAACGAGAAAACUACGAUAAAGCACUGGAAACUUUAAAUGAAGGCGUGGAUCAGGAAAGCCUUAUCCAGCAUGCAACUGCUCUAUUAACCCAUCGGCCAAUGGAGACUGUAAGUAUAUGGGAGCGACAGACAGAUAUGGAUGUUCAUGCGUUGAUACCGUCUUUAUUGAGUUAUAACCAGCGUGCUCGAGUCUCAGUUGAGGAAAAUGCUGCAAUUCGCUACUUGAAAUUUGUAACUGGUGUAUUAGGAUGUGAGGAGCCUUCUAUACAUAAUACGCUCUUUUGUAUAUACGCAUGUCAUUCUAGUUCGAACGAGUCUUACCUGAUGAAUUAUAUUGAACAACAAGGGGAGCAUCCUUUAUAUGACAUGGAUCUUGGAAUUCGACUUUGUUUACAGUUCAACUGUCGUAGAAGUGCUGUAAAAAUUUUGGUAUUAUUAAAAUUAUACAGUCAGGGUGUUGAAUUGGCUUUAGAAGAAAAGGAUUACGAACUGGCUGCCUCUGUUGCCAACAUUCCCGAGGAUGAUUUAGCAUUGAAGAAAAGUCUCUGGCAAACCAUUACAAAAGCAAUAUUUUCAUCGACUGAAAAUGUAAAAGAAUCAAUAAAGUUUUUAGAAAAAUCAAAUGUGCUUCCCCUUACGGAGCUUAUUCGACUUUUACCAGAAGAGAUUUCGCUUGACGACCUGAGAGACAAUAUCUGUGACGAGUUGGAAAGUUGUCGAGAACAAAUCGGGCAAUUGGGCCUCCAAAUCGAACAGGCAACCGAAGUUGCUGAAGCUGUACGUACGAAGUCUGAUGACCUUAAAAACAGAUACGUAGUUCUUAACCAUAAUGAGCCAUGCUGGCAUUGUCAUCAUCUGCUAUUUUCCGAGCCUUUCGUUCUUUUCCCAUGUCAACAUGCUUUUCAUAGACAAUGUAUGUUGAAGCAUCGACUAAGUAAUGUCUCUGAAAAGGACAUUGCAAAAGAAUGUCAGCUUUGUGGUCCUUCAUAUACCGUCCGUUUACUAGAUGAACCAUUUCCUGAUACGUUUUGAUCCCGAUUCUAUUAUACCAGAGGUCAUUGAUUUUUCUAAUAUUUGAAUCCUUUUUUUGUUAUUUAUGUUUGUUCUUUGGUUUUCAAAUGUUAUUACUGGAACUAUAGAAGGAACUUUAUCGUCCACAUUCUUUUGAUGAGUUAUAUGUUAAUGAAUAGUCAUGCUUACUUUAUACUAAAUUUUUUGUAUUUAUUCAUUCAAAACAAACGUAAAGUCAGU